AUGGAUCCUGAUUUGAUCUUAUCGUUGAUCGCACCCAACUCUGGGCGUCGAACCCCUCGCGAACUGGCCAUGCACCGGGCAAUCGCCGCUAACAUCGUCGACUGGACUCGCAGAUACCAUGAAAGUCACCAGUUUCCUGUAGCUGAUUCCUCUACGGAUGAGAAAGACCAGAUCGGCAUCGAAGGUGCCGUCAAGUACUACAACGACCUCGGUGUGAAACUUGAUGAAAUCGUCUGCGUUGCUGUUGCCGAGAUCUGCAAAUGCCCUGCCAUGGGAGAAUUUACUCGGAAUGAAUUCAUUGCUGGUUGGAAAACUGCAAAGUAUAUCACCACCCCACCUUGUUUAAAAUUCACCUAA